AUGCCCCUUCGGCCUGCCAAUGCGCCCGGCCCCGGAGAGGCUGCACAUGGUUCUGGUCGAUACAAUAUACCUGGCCUUCAGUUUAAUGAGACACUGACAUGGCGCGCUGGCCGCCCACUGGGCGUGGCAGACCUUCUCGCGCGACUCCAGACGCUUGCAGCCCAGCUACGCAACUAUGAUCUCGACCAAGUCGACUCGCGUGCCUUUACGACCCUGGCGCUCGACCUGGCGAAUACCAAUCUUCUCGGCCACAAGGAUAAGGGUGUGAGAGCAUGGACUGUCUCCUGCAUCGUGGAUGUUCUCAGGAUCUGCGCCCCUGAUGCGCCGUUCGUCGAGGCGCAGUUGAAGGACAUUUUCACGGUCAUCAUCAACUCGAUUCUGCCGGCCCUUGCAGACCCAACCAAUGAGUACAACGCGCAACAUGUGUACAUCCUCGCCUCCCUGGCCGAGUCGCAAAGCAUUUUGUUGGUCACCGACAUUCCGAACCAUGAAAGCUUGAUCACGUCUCUCUUCACCACGGCGUUCGAUGUGGUCGCCGGCUCUGGAAGUACAGCCUCGGGAGUGGAGGUAUCAAAGAGUGUGGAAUACCAUUUAAAGAACCUGCUGGCUGCAGUGGUUGAUGAGAUUGACCUUCCUCCGGAGGUGACAGAUAUUAUCAUUUCCCAGUUCAUGCGCGUGGACGCUCGCAACAUCCAGGAAAAUGGAACCAAAGGCAAAAAAAGGGAUCUCGAGGACACCAAGCAGGCGACGCUGCUGCUCAAGGAUUACCCUCCAGCAUACAACAUGGCCAAGUCCCUCUGUACCACCUGUCCCGAGAAGAUGACUGUCCAAAUCACCCAAUAUUUUGGGACGGUGAUUGUUGAGGCGACCAGUGCGCCAGAUGUUCCUCAGCCUUCCCACAAACGGACUGCUUCGGAUGCCGCUGGCGACGGCGAAGAAAGAGAGGGUCUAGCAGAUUUGCGAAAAGCCCAUCGUUUACUCCGAGAGUUGUGGCGUGCGUGCCCUGAUGUCCUCCUAAAUGUUAUUCCUCAGAUUGAGGCCGAAUUCUCGGCGGACUCGCCCACUCUCCGUCGACUGGCGACUGAAACCAUCGGAGACAUUACUGCCGGGAUAGGCAUUGCUGGGCUCCCUCCAUCGAGACCCCUCGAUCCCGCAGCUUAUCCCUUGCCCUCUAUAGACCGUCAAGAAGAGGUCCCUGUGCAAGUACAAAACCCCCUCCUAACUCCAGCCUCCCCCAAGCCAUUCAUGGCUGUCCACGCUGCGGCAUAUCAGUCCUUCCUCGGGCGUCGGAACGAUAAGUCAUUUGCCGUUCGCGAAACAUGGGCUAUCGCCGCUGCUCGAAUCUUGUGCACGUCCGCUGGGGGCAUCGGAUUGAACCAGCAGGAACUGGAGGACUUGCUUGCCGGCUUUGCUCAGAUGCUUCGCGAUUCAGAAGAACAUGUUCGCCUGGCGGCCAUUCGGUCCAUGGCGACCUUUGCCUAUACGAGUAUGAUCAACAUUCUGGGUGCAGAUGGCGGUCUGGCGGAACGCCUGUCUGUGUUUUCUUCGUUGGCUGAACGUGUUACCGACCGAAAGCAUCACGUCAGAGAGGCAGCGGUUGAACUGCUGGGCCGGAUUUGGGGUGUCGCCUCGAGCGACAUUGAGUCAGGCAACGAGGUCGUCAAGAGCACUAUUGGAGAUAUCCCCAACCGGAUAUUCGGCGCUUAUUUCACCAACGAGCCCCAUGUUCACGCCUUGAUUGACAAAGUUCUGUAUGAAAGCCUGUUGCCGCUCUCUUUUCCGCCGUCAAAAUUCCACCUGCCACGCACAGGUGCAGAGAGUCACAGACAACGGGGCCCAGACAAAGAGAGUGACUCACAAGAAGGUUCGCAGUUCGAUCCCGAUGCCGUCAGAGCCCGUCGCAUUCUAACACUCGUCCAAAGCUUGGACGUCCGACCACGAGCGGUAUUUUUCAGCCUUCAGAAUCGACAGGUUCAAAUGAGCAAAGGUAUGAGGGUAUUCCUGGCGACCUGUGAGGAGUACAAUGGAGGCGUGCUGGAAGACGAAUCAUCACAGACAGCGCUUGAGCGGCGUCUCACCCGCAUGAUCGAGCAACUCUCUAAAAGCUUCCCUGAACCAGCUGUGGUUUCUGCUGAUCUCUGGAGAUUUGCGAAGCAACACAACCGCCGUUGGUAUCAGUUGAUACGGUUCGCCACUGGUCCUGAGCACGAUUAUCGCACAGUUACCAAGGCUAUCAAGGAGCUCAUCAAACGCAUCCGGGAAAGCCAGGGCGGCCUACAAUCACUUGUUGAUACGAUUCAACCGCUCUUGCACCGGUGUGCUUUGCUUGUCUAUAAUCGAAGCCAUGUUCCCACGAUUAUGGCUUUAUCGCGGACCGAUGAGAGCGGCCUGGGUGAGGUGGCUCACGAGGUUUUAAAAGAGAUCUCUGCUCGGAACCCGGAAGUGCUCAAGCACCACAUCCAGGCACUGUGCACGGAGCUGGAGGAUGAGGCGCCGUCAGCUACGACACCCGAGAAAGAUGGCGCCCCUGACACCCUCAAGGCGUGUGCGGCAUUUGCUCGAAAAUACCCGUCGGAACUGCCCAAGGAGGGCAAGUUCCUGACCGCGUUAGCACAGUUCGCCUUGUUCUCGAAGUCCCCAAGGGCAGCAAAACAUGCCGUGUCCAUCAUCAUGCUGGUGGCGGAUGAAAAGGAAAUGUGUGGGAAAGACGUGCUGUCAAAGGCGCUGGCAGGUAUUGGGUCUGGCGGUCCUCAUUUCCUUGCCCGCUUGGCAGCGAUCGCGCAGGUCUGUCUCCUCACAACCUCCGCGGCAGAUUUCGAUUGGACUGUGGUUGAGAAACUUGCCCUCUCAGAAAUCUUGCUAAAGAACCAGUCGCCUCGUAAGGAGGAUGAUCCUGAUGGCGCCUGGGAUGAGAGGCCAGAUGAUGAGACAAGGGCCAAAGAAUUGGCCUUGAAGAUCCUCGUUAAUCGCUGUCGGGCCCAGGACGAAACCCUGAGUUCGCCAGUGGUCCAAAAAACAUUUACGUAUCUCAUCGCUUUAAUUACGAAUGAAGGAGAAAUAACGCCUUCGAAAGAUACGCCCCUCGCACAGAAGAACCGACUCAGGCUCAGCGCUGCACAUCUGAUACUGAAGCUCUGCAGCCACAGGAGAAAAUUCGAAGACUUCAUUGCCCCUCAGACGUUCAUUUCCAUUGUGAUGAUCACAGUCCAACCUCCAAAUCCGGUACGGGCUGGGUUUGUCAACACAUUGAAGAAGUAUCUGGGUCUCAACCGCUUGGCUCAUCGGUGGUUCACCGCCUUCUUCCUUCUCGCUUUUGAGCCAGACGUGGAGCUGCGGACGUCCACGGUUACCUGGAUUCGAGCGCGUGUGCAAUUCUUUGCCAGGCAGCAGCUUCAAGCAGGUUCAGCAGAAAAGAAAGUGUAUCAAAAUGUAAUGGAGUCGACAUUUGCACGUCUGCUCAGUGUACUAGCCCAUCAUGCGGAUUUCCCGAGCAAGGACAGCGACGACUAUGACGGAGAGUUGCUGGAUUUCGCCAAAUAUAUCAUCUUCUACCUUUACACUGUGGCCACGGAAGACAAUCUCUCGUUGAUUUUCCACAUUGCGCAACGCGUCAAGAGCGCCAGGGACGGUAUCGUGGGUACGGAUGAUGCAAGUGAGCGGUUGUAUAUCCUUAGCGAUCUAUCUCAAGCGGCCAUCCGAACUUACGCAGACAUCAUGCCAGCGCAUGCAAAGGGUGUCAACCUCCUGCAGACCUGGCCCGGCAAAGUCAGUCUUCCCCGGAAUUUGUUCAAAGCGCAUCCUAGUCACGAAGCAGCGCAGGAAAUUGCCGAGAGGAAUUAUCUACCGGAGGAUGUCGCCGUCGGAUUGGAGAAGAUGAUGCGGAUCUAUAUCAGGGAGUUGAAAAAUACCGUCCAACCAAUUAAGCGGGCACUGACUGGCGAGAGGAAGCGAAAGAGCGACGCGGCGAGACUUAACGAUGGGGAGGAUGGCGAGCAAGGCCCACAGAAGGCGGCGAAGAGACUGAAGAAAAGCACUCCCGCCAUCCGCAAGACAUCUCAACCAAAGCGCAGAAGCUCUGAAACUUCCGAAUCCGCCAGCAGUCCUACAUUGCCUUCACGGAAGAGCAACCGGGCUUCCCACGUGGUGUCAUAUUUAGAGUCGGAUGCCGAGAACGGGGAUGUGGAGAUGGAAGACGCAGAUUGGCGCAGUGCUAGCCCGGCGACUCGAAGACCGAUUAAGAGGACGAAGCGAAGCCUUGACAAACACCAGGAUCAGCAGGAAGAAAAGAACGACGAAGUCGACGAAGAGCGAGAAGAGAAGAUCGACAUUAAAGUUCCAGAGAGAGGACCUGACGAUGAAAUCCAUGUCCACAAGGAGGUAAACGGGGGUCAGACGGUAGCAAAAGGGGCCACAUUCCCACCACGGACGAGAAAGAAGCAUACGGCUGCUGGAAAAGAGCUGCAAAGGAAGAAGACCGCGGUAAAGAAAACCGUGACUCCUGAGCAACAGACAGACCCAAUAGAACGGCCAGUACGGACGACCCGGCAGACGAGGAGCACGAAGACGUGA